CGGGGGGGGUGGGGCGCCGAGCGCGCGGGGUGGGGGGGGUCCUGGUCCUUGGCUUCUCGACUCGGUCCUGUUUCGACAGCGAACAUGUCUCGGCCUGUCAGAAAUAGGAAGGUCGUUGAUUAUUCACAGUUUCAGGAAUCUGAUGAUGCUGAUGAAGAUUAUGGAAGAGAUUCAGGCCCUCCAGCUAAGAAAAUUCGAUCAUCUCCCCGAGAAGCUAAAAAUAAGAGGCGAUCUGGAAAGAAUUCACAGGAAGAUAGUGAGGACUCAGAAGAAAAAGAUGUGAAAACCAAGAAGGAUGAUUCUCAUUCAGCAGAAGACAGUGAAGAUGAAAAAGAAGAUCAUAAAAAUGUACGUCAGCAACGGCAGGCAGCAUCAAAAGCAGCUUCUAAACAGAGAGAAAUGCUCAUGGAAGAUGUGGGCAGCGAGGAAGAACCAGAAGAAGAGGAUGAAGCACCAUUCCAGGAGAAAGAUUCUGGCAGCGAUGAAGAUUUCCUAAUGGAAGAUGAUGAUGAUAGUGACUAUGGCAGUUCAAAAAAGAAAAACAAAAAGAUGGUUAAGAAGGCCAAACCUGAGAGAAAAGAAAAGAAAAUGCCCAAACCCAGGCUAAAGGCUACAGUGACGCCAAGUCCAGUGAAAGGCAAAGGGAAAGUGGGUCGCCCCACGGCUUCAAAGGCAUCCAAGGAAAAGACUCCUUCCCCCAAAGAAGAAGACGAGGAACCAGAAAGCCCUCCAGAAAAGAAAACAUCUGCCAGCCCCCCACCUGAAAAGUCUGGGGAUGAAGGGUCUGAAGAUGAAGCCCAGUCUGGGGAGGAUUAAAAGUGAUGAUGGUUUGAGGGGAGAUUUUAUUAAAAAAAGAAAGAAAAGGAAAAAAAGGGGAAAAAAAGAAAACCUGCUUAAGAUAGAACAUGGGUUUGGCUAUGGCUUGACUUACAGGCUUUGAAUGCUUUUUUCCAUUUGUUGAUGCAUUUUCUCUUUUCUUCUUCUUCUUUUUUUUUUUCUUAAGAAAACCAUUGUAUGUUUCAGUUACCUUUUGUCUAUUGGUCUUCUCUUUUCCACCCCUCCCCUCCAACCCCAAUGAAAGCCAUGUCACAUUAAUCACUGGAUUGACUGCUUCAUCUUUUAUUUUUAGUGGAAGGUAUACCACAGUCAGAAAGCAAUAAGGUCUGAGGUGAACACUAUAAAAUUUUGCCUUUUGCUAAAUGAUAGCAAGUUGAACAGUAAUCAAAAAGUGUAUAAGGGUUUUAGUUAGAAAUGAUUGCUUCUUCCUCUACCUGGACUUUUUAGAAAAUCAGUUGUCAUCUAAUAUAAAUUUGUAUGUAUGUAUACAUGAUUAUAGCUGUCUAAAAUUAUCGUAACUUCCACUGAUGAGGCAGGUAGAAGAUAAAAAUGAAUUCUGAAUUGUUACUAAAAGUAUUCCUAUUUUUCACCUGGGGAACGGGGUGGGGAAUGGGGUUACCUGACCUUGUGUAAGGGUAUGGGUUUUCUUUUACCAUUUCAUCACUUGUUAUCUCAAAGAGACCCGGAGCCAGUGAUUCUUUUAUCCCGCUACAGUCUUUAAGAAGUUUAAAAAAAAAAAAGAAGCGCCAAAACUGAAAUCACUCCUGAUUUCAGAUCUCAUUCUCAAAUGGUUCAUGUUUUUAAUAUAUAUGUAUCUAUUCUGUUUUUUGGAUAAAUUUAUCAAGGAUCAAAAAGAAAAAAAACCCUAGAAUUUAAAUGGCAAGAUCAAGUUAUAUAUACAUCACAGUGGAUUUCUUUUAAACUGACAAUGUUUAGGUUUUAAGCAAAUAAAGUACCGGUUAACAUAAAACUCAA